AUGGCGGGGAUUUCGUGUCAGGGCUAUUGUCGCGCGGGGCUUUCGUGUCCCGGGCUUUCGUCGCGCGGGGAUACAUGUGAAUUAUCGGCAACUCUCCUGACUCCGGAUUUUGUGAGGCGUGACGCACUGUAUAAAUCUGCAGAAGAGGGAAACCGGUCUGAUGACGACCUUGCAGAAGAAUCAAGUUUCGACGAUCGGGCUCCCCAAGUUACAGAUAACCAUGUGCCUUCAGCGGAUUUUUCCACGACAUAUCCAUCUACUCCAAGAUGCAAAAUUGAAGAUGAAGGAUCAUGUUCGGAGAUUCUCGCGAAUGAGAACCAAGUAACCCAUGAACUUGAAGAAAUUAACGAAAAGAAGAUUGAACGGUCCUGGCCACGACCACUGAAGAGUCCUAGUCUAGUCAGUGAUGAUUCACUUGAGCCCUUCGACAGGUGGCCGGAAAGCCCGGAUGUAGCGGAAAAUCUCGAUUCAAGCGAUGAUUGCGAAAUCAUUUCAGAGAAUAUUAUUGAAAAAUGUUCGCAGUACAAGUCUCCGCCUCGGAAGGCCACCAGAAGAAAAAGGAUCCGAAUUCCGCGCAUCAAAUUUAUUGAAUUCAAAACCCAGGCUCAGAAACUUGAAUCGCCUCAAUUUGAUGCGCAAGUGCGUGUUCCGGAAAAUUUAUCGCAGAACCUUAAACCAGAUGGUGGCGAAAUUUUCGUGGGGGUCAUGAGAGAGGCUGAGGAAAGCAUCUUGAACUGCGGAUCUGCAAACAGCGAUGCUUCUGACCAAUUGCUCAAGGUUGUCAAGCAGCCCGUCAAAUUUAGGUGUGGAAGAUGCGAUCACAGAUUUGAAAACGAGGACGAGUGCCGAGCACAUUUGUUGAGCUAUCAAGAAAAAGUUUUCCUGGCACAAAUUGAAUACUUGAAUACGAGAAAAGCUGCUUUGCGACCUUCUAGUCCGUUAUGUUCCUCGACUAGUGCGAGCAGUGCUUUUAGUUCCCCCAAAAGUUGCGCUUUAGAGUCCCCGAAAGGUCCGGUUCCCGAGGAAGAGCUGGAUAUUUUUGCCGAAUUUGAAGCUGGAACUGAAACGUUGGACGGAAUUUCAUCGAAGGAAACUGAUGAAAAAUCUCCAGAUGGUUUUCCCGAUACUCAUCUCAUAGAAGAGGAUCACUUCGCUCCUGCGCCUAUUUUGAAAGAGGAGAGGGCUUCUGGAAAGUUGAACGAGGUGUCAGAAGUUCUUCGACUGAACAAGGAAGAUUUUGUGGAACAGCAGAUUUUGAUGGAAGCUAUGUCGAAUCACGUCGAGGAUAAAGAGGCUGUUUCCGAAAACGAACCGUGGGAUGUACACUUAUCUGUGACCUGCGUCAAUUCCAGCACUGUUGAAGAUGUGGUGGAUGGUUCAGAUGAUGAAACGUCAAGUUUUGCUUUUCCUGAUUUUCUGUAUGACGUUGUUGCUAGUGAAGAGGUGAUCGUCGAUCUUGGCCCUAGUGAUUUCAGCCCUUCCGCCAAUGAAGACGUGAUCUGCGAAAACAAGGAUGAAAGCUCAAUUCACGACUCUGAUGAAGCGUGCGAUCCUUCGACAAUUGCCUCCCCGUGUGAAGAUAAAACCCCGCCAAUGUCACGCGGCUUCGUCUGCUGUUUUUGUGGUUCUGACGCUGAGACGGAGCCUAUGGUUCAGUGCCGGACCUGUUUCAUGAAGCAGCAUGUGAAAUGCGAGGGUUACUCGGAUCUCGAAUCUGUACCUGAAUCACACAUUUGCACGUUUUGCAGAAAUCCCCACAAAUUGAGACCUAAGGUUAAUUUUGGUGCGGAAGAUGAUCUCCUGUCUCAAAUAGACUUCGCCCCCAGAUUUCUGGAAAAAUCGCUGUCCACCGAAGUUGCCGAGCAGCACAGAGGAGCGACAAAUGAUCUUAAAGUGUCUGUUGCCACAGCAAACAUGCUCCAUUAUGAUUUGGACAAACGCAUUAGAAGCAUCGACCGGAAAAUCCAAAUCCUUGAGGGAGGCGAUGAAAAUGUGUUGUCCAACUGGGCCAAUCUCAGAGUUCCGUUGCACAACAUCAAAGACCCUCAGUUGCUGCAAUUGAUGCAAUUGGAUAGUCAUGAAGUUUUGAUGAAUUCGUCUCAAGGUUUUCCCAACGGAACGACCGACUCAUUCGAUCUCAAAGCUAAAAUUGGCAAAGAUGAGAACGGAAUGGAAGAUGAUCGGAAAGCGUUUAUUGAACGCUGCAAGCGAAAUAUUUUAGCUGAGAUUUUUGAAGAAGAUGACGUGAGGAUUCAGUUGGAUUACCAGGCACGAAGCGAACUCGGCAAAAUUGACGCUCGUCUUCAAAACGAACCAAACCUGCAUCCGGAAUUGAGGAAAUCUCUGAAGGAAUUCUGUGUGCUCAUGGGGCGGAAACUUGAUAUCCUCGAUCGUAAUGCGUUAUGAAGGAAUUAAAAUGAAUGGUGGGUGGUUCUCCUGCGAUGUGAGGAAACCUUCUUCAGUUGGUAGUAAUUGUUCUGAGGUGAAGUCGAUAAAAUACAUAUGCGUGAUGGAACUUUUUUUGUUUUGCGAUGUGAUGGAUUGAGAUACUGGAUUAUUUUUUACCGAAUGGCUUUAUUUUUGAUGAAGCAGCUGAUGCUGUUACUUUUUUUUUUUUGAAGUCGUAUUUUGGGCAUCCAGUUCUAGUUCGGCACGUCAGAGCUGUAUGUGUUGAGCACCAAUCGUUCGUUUGCUUUUUUUGCUUUACUCGUUCGGCAUUUUGGAAGGGCUUCGUCGGUUUUGCUAUUCGGCUAAUUUAUUAUGGCGACGCUGUAUUCGUGUAAGUGUACGCGGCUGGGAAACGACUUGAGCGAGAAAAAUAUGGCAUUUUUUGGAGCUUGAA